UUAGUUAUAGCUGUCACUUGUGUCGUUUUUGUAACUUUUGGCAGUUUUUAAUAUUUUUAUCGUUUUUGUCAUUCUUUCAGUUUUGAAUUUCAAUUGUUUGAUUUCAGAUUUCAGACAGGGAUGAAUAACACGAUAGUGUUAAAAUCCCAGACAAAUAAAUAAAACAAAUCAGAUUUCAGAUUCACCCAAGUUGAUAAAGUUCACAUCUUCGCUUUUUGGAACUUUAAAAAUACUCUUUAGUUUUAUUUAUGGAGCGUGUACCAGUACCACGCUGGUUAAAAUUUAAUCGAAUUUAAAACAUCUCAUAUGUUCGUGCAGAAUUUUGUGUUUGAUUUCAAAACAUGAACUAAUCGCGUCCAGUUCACAACAUCUUAUUUUCAUAUUAAUUUAAAUUAAAGUUUUUUUUUUAAUAUUAUACGAUAAAGCAAAAUCUCUAGAACAAUUCUUAUUGGAACAGAGAAUGAAUUUCAAAUCGAUUCCAGAAUGCCCUUUCGUGGAACGGAAAGUUGUUUGCCGGAUUUGCGACGGAACAUCGGGCGCUAUGGAAUCAAUUUUUUGUAAAGAAUCGAACCAGAAGCUGCUGGAUAAAAUUUUCAAAUGUACUCAGGUUAAGGUUGAACCGAUUUGCGGCAUUAUUUCUCCGGUUUGUGAAUUUUGUCAUUUUCGGAUUGAAAAAUUUGACGAUUCAUUCAAACCGAGCUGCAAAGAAUACGUUGUGGAGAAAUUCGUUAAGCACCAGGAUCCCGAAGAUGAUCCAUUCAAUAGCUUGGAUCCACUUACAAAUGGGCACGAAAUACCGGUCGAUGAUAUUAAACCGGAGUUGAGUAGGUCUGUGGAAUUGGCUUCGGUAAAAGAUGAUAUUAUUAAGGCAGAAAGUAUUGAACAAAAACCUGGAGAAGAUUUAGAAGUUUUUCAAAAUAAUCAAGAAAACGAGGAUUAUUCAGACCAAGAACCUGAAAAUUAUUCACAAGUUUUAGAGUUUGAAGUUAAAGAUGAACAGGAUUCGGUUGAAACAGAAAUAGGAAAUCGAACUCCAGAAGUUUUAAAUUCCGAGAAAGUAAUCUCAAAAGACCACCCGUCUAGACCGAUUUCCUCGGGAUCCAAAAUUCCGACCGAAUGUGCGAUUUGCGGAAAACGGGUAGCCUAUUUGAAGGAACACAUGAGAAUGCACUUGAAGGAUAAACGAUACGCUUGUCCGCACUGCGAUCGAUCUUUCUCGCAAAGUACCAACCUAAUAUACCACAUUCGCACCCACACGGGCGAAAAACCAUUCCAAUGUGGCCAGUGCGAGAAAAGAUUCAUCUGCAAAUCGCACUUGCUGUCGCAUGAGCGCUCUCAUCUUAACGAGCUGCCGUUCGUCUGUGAGUUUUGUUCCAAACGUUUCAACCAAGCCUGUAACUUGACCAAACAUCUGCGGGUACAUAGCGGUGAAAAACCGUACAAGUGUGGCAUCUGCGGGAAAGCUUUUAUGAAUCUGUCUAAUAUGAAGGUCCAUGAGCAACGGCAUCGUGGAGAGCGGAAUUUCACAUGUGAAAUUUGCUCCAAAUCAUUUACAGUCAAUCAACAUCUCGCGAGGCAUAUGCAAACCCAUCGGAAGGAUGAUGGCCAGUACAAAUGUGAAAAGUGUAACAAAAUCUGUAGCACCGGAGCAGGUCUCCGGGCACAUUACAGUUUGCACGAACGAACGACGGAAUAUGCUUGCCGUAUUUGCAAAAUGAGUUUCGAAACUAGUGAGCAAUUUGAAGAGCAUAAUAAUGAUAAAACUGCCAGUUGCCGGUUGCUCAAGCCUUACAAAUGUGUCGCCUGUCCAAAGCGUUUUCGAGACUCCAGACUGCUAGAGCAGCACAAGCAACGAGUACACGUAAUAGCGAAACCCCGAGAGAAGUCCCGGAAAAUUGAAAUGGAUCCUGAGACGGCGAUCAAACAGUUGGAGGGUCCCCUGGAAAAGCCCUACGCCUGUAAUGUAUGUGGUAAAGAGUUCAGAACGAAGUAUAAUCUGCAAACACAUCUGAGGAUCCACAUGGGAGAAACGGCGAAACUAUUUCAGUGCGAAAAGUGUCCAAGAUCGUUCAACCAGUUAACCCAUCUGAAAACUCAUGAACGAACCCACACUGGACAGAAACCGUUUGGUUGCACCGAAUGUUCGGAAAAGUUUAGUCGAAGCUAUCUCUUACGGAAUCAUCAAUCGAUGGUUCAUGGGAAGGUUCCCAGUUUCGAUAGCCACGAGCAAGUUGAAGAGGAUGAGUUCGCUGAAGUCGAGGUGGUUGAUGAUAAUGGUACGAUAAAAGCUGACCAGAAACCAGUGUCCCAAGAAACGCUUGUUUUUGACGGCAGUGGACAAAUCAUUGUUAAGGUUGAGAUUCGAGAAACGUAGUAUUGUAGUCGUAAUUUAAUUAGGUAGGCUGAAAAUAUUAAAUCGUGUCAAAUUA